AUAAAUAUGUACACACCGCUUUUCUGUUUUUGAUUUCUUUGAAACAGGUUAUUUUUUUAAUUUCACUUCACCAAUUUGGACUAUUUUGUGUAUGUCCAUUACAUGAAAUCCAAAGAAAAAUCCAUUUAAAUUACAGGUUGUAAUGCAACAAAAUAGGAAAAAUUCUAAGGGGGUUAAUACUUUUGCAAGGCACUGUAUCAGACUCAAGUUACAAAUGCUAGUGAACACGCAAAUACAUUUAGUAAAAAAAAAUCACAUGUAGUGCACUGGGCCUUUACUCGUCCUGUAUUAGAGGAUCAAGAAAUACAUAUUCAGCACAGGUACUUUUUUUUGCCGGAUUGCAGCACCCCCUCCCCAAACUACUUCCCGCGGCGCAUGAACUUCAUAAAAAAACGUGCCUCUAGCAAGAUGGAGUGCCCUACAUUUUCUUUAUCCUGAAGGGACUCGCUUCCGCAAUCCGUAUGCAAACACAGUAGCCUAAUGUCAAGUGGAAGCAAUGUUGCAACAACGAUCGUUUUGCACAGCAGGUGCCUGUCCGAAGAAAAUAUUUAAUAUUUAAUAUUGGGAUAGUAGUGAUUAUAGUAUUCUGAAGCUUUUCUCCUGUAUAGCAAUAACAAACUCAAGCUUUAUUUUAUAACAAAAACAAGGUAGGCUACUGGUAUGUUUCACUGUGAGGUCUUUGCCUCUGGCUACAUUGUUGACCUUCAGGAUGGACCUAAAAGAAAAGACAGCUGCCAUAUUGAAGCAAUAUGAAGUCGGGAGCAGAUUCUCGUACUUGCCGGUCUUGCCCAAAGCAUCGGUGUUGAUACCGCUGUUUGUGAGGGACGGAGAGGUCCACAUGCUGAUGACUCUACGCUCCCAAGAGCUGAGGACCAACGCAGGCGAGGUGUGUUUCCCAGGUGGGAAGAGGGACCCGAGGGACAGGGAUGACGUGGACACGGCUCUGAGAGAGGCAGAGGAGGAGAUAGGCCUUCCUCCUGACCAGGUGGAUGUGGUCUGCACACUCUUCCCCAUUAUGAACAAGAGUGGUCUGUUGGUGACUCCAGUGGUGGGGUUCAUUGAGGCCUCAUUCUCUCCUCGCCCAAACCCAGCCGAGGUCAGCGCUGUGUUCACUGUCCCUCUGGAGUUCUUCACUAGAGCGAUAGACCACUCAUCCUACAGCGCGACUGGAAAUGCUGGCUUGCUCCACAGUUUCCAGUUUCCAGACCCUGAAUCAGGCAGCCACUAUCAGAUAUGGGGCCUGACUGCCAUUUUGGCUAUACUGGUCUCUGUCCUAGCCCUCGGAAAAAAGCCUGAGUUUGAGACCGGUUUUGAUUCUGAUGACCCGGUAUCUUUCUUCCAACACAAUCUGAACAAGAGGAUCAGUAAACUAUGACAUAUAUCAAUGUUUAAAAUUUUCCAUUUUUUUAACCAGAUAAUUAUAUAAUGCAAUGUAAUGAUGGAGAGAACAUAUUUUUCCCUAAAAUGUUGUAACUGUAAAUGUGGAAUCAUGUGCAAUACCUACAUUCUUUACAAAAAAAUGUAUUUUAUUUUUACUUUGAAUGUAAUUUGUGAAUAUUGUAUAUUGACGACAAUAAAAAAGUAUGCUAUUACAGUUAAAUCGAUAAA